AUGAGGAUCUACGACCAAAUAAUCCAAUGCACCAGCCGGCGCUACGGGAGCAAGACACAGGAGACCGAGACCUCCUCAGAGAGUGAAGACAGCACGGACAGCUCAAGUGUAACCAAUGAUAAAAUAACCUCCUGUAAAUAUCUAUCUCUCGCUAUGUUAUUUUCUCUGUACUGCCAAUUUUAUUACCUUGCCGUCCCAAACACGGGCCUUUUUUUGACUUCCAUAAUACAUUGGAGAAAACCAGAGUUAGGGUUACGCAGGACGAUCGACAUGGGUAUGACUUUUGUAAAUUUCUUAAUGCAUGCUAUUCAUUCUUUUAACAUAAAUUCCAUGUGUUUCUUUGUGUGUAUGUGUGGAGCCAUUUUGAUCUUUGUUCUUUACUUUGCUGGGAAGAGAUUCAGCUACAACUCCUACAGCACUCUUUGCCACCUCCUCAUCCACACCACCGGGACCAUGUCUGCUCUCGCCAUUUACUAUAUUUCGAAGAGCAACCUUAUUGACCACUCCUGA